AUGGGUGCGAUCGCCUCUCAAUUCAGCGCGAAGCGCCAGCAGGAGCAUAAGAUUCUUCUCGUGGGUCUGGUCGGUUCGGGAAAGACAACCAUGCUGCACUCACUCAAGGCUGGCGAAGUCUGCAUGGAUAUCCCUACGAUUGGCUUCAAUGUGGAGACCCUUGAGCUUCGGGGUGGCAUGAUGAACAUCACAUCAAUACUGGCGUGGGAUGUAGGUGGGCCGGACAGGAUUCGCGGACUUUGGCGCCGUUACUAUAGGGACGUGGAUGGCCUGGUUUUCAUGGCCGAUUCCAGUGAUCGCGACCGGGUGGAUGACGCUAGGGAGCAGAUUCAGUUCAUUUUGCGAGAGGAGGAGCUGCUAGACAAACCUCUCCUCGUGUUUGCAAACAAGCAGGACCUGCCGAACGUCAUGAGUGUAGCAGAGCUUGUAGACAAGCUUUCCCUAAACCAGAUCGGAGACCGACGAUGGUUCAUCCAGGAGAGCGUGGCCAUGGAAGGCAAAGGCAUCAACCCUGGAUUAGAAUGGCUUUCACGCCAAUUCGACUGCAAUGUGAGUAGCGGUUAG